AGUAGUUUCUCUUUGGUCCCUUACUUUUGCUAAUAUUUUCUACGACCCCAUUAAGAAAAAGGAACUGCGCUCGACUCCCCAGAACUUUUCCUUUUUUCAAAGUCAAUAUUUGCAAAAUAAAGAAAUGAAAUCUAAUCCGAGGAUAAAAAGGACCGAAGAGGAAGAAGGAUAGCAAGCUGCGCAAAAGUAGGAACAUAGUAUAGUAGCCUAAUUUAGAAUGCGAAUCUCCCAAAUACUAUAAAAGUUCAGCGCUCAAGAAUAGCAAUCCUCUUCCUUCUUCGGCUAAUUCAGAAAUUUUUCGAUUUCAUUGCUCCCGAAAUCCCAAAUUUAAGGUUAGUUAUCAAGGGAAUCAGGAAGGAUUCAGCUAAAAAAUUGUAUAAAGAGCCGUAAAUUACUGACAAAUGCAGCAACAGGCGCCGCAGACAAUGAAUCAAGCUUCACCGGCGGCGAUUAAUGUCGUCUCCACCGAGCAGAUUCAGAAGUAUUUGGAUGAGAACAAAAAUCUGAUUGUGGCGAUACUGGAGAAUCAGAAUAUGGGGAAAAUAGCAGAGUGCGCUAGGUACCAAGCUAUCCUUCAGAAAAAUUUAAUGUAUUUAGCUGCUAUUGCUGAUGCACAGCCUCCAGGAUCCGGAAUGCCUUCACAGCUUCCUAACAGUUUAGUCGCAACCCAAGGAACUACCCCGGGACUACAAAGCCAGAUUCCAAUAGUGCAGCAGCAGCAGCCCGGUGCUGCUGUUGCAAAGUCACCCUUUCAGCUCAAUGCCCUCCGGCCUCAAGACCAGCAGAAUCAACUACUCCAGUUCCAGCAGCAACUGCCAGCUCAUUUCGGUCUUGGAGGGGGUGCCAACGGCUUGCAACUACCCGGGAUUGGCAGUUCAAUGGGCUUUCAAGGAAGCCAGCCAGGUAUGCUGGAGGGUGUGUCUGGUGAUAACCAAGGAAACUCGGGUUUUGGACCCGCAGAGGGUCGAGAAUGAUAUUGUUGAGGCUUGCUUCCCUUUCCGUGGUGGCUGUAUCGAACUUGAUAGUACCUUUCCUCGGUGAAGUCAUAACCAAGGAGUAUUAUUUAGAGGUUUAGAUGUAGGUUUCUUGCAGAAUGAUGCUUCUCAAAAGUUGAGGCAUGCAUGUUGUCUCGAUUGCAUACUAGUGGCGAGAGGAAGACUGACACGAGUUACAUAGCUAGAGAUAGAGCUCUAGUUUUUAGUUACGUAUAUGCUUUUUGCAAUGGACGCGCAACGCAAUUAUAUUCUGAAAUUUGUCA